GGAGAAGGAGAUGAAAGGGAGUCACUCCAAAUAAAGAGGCUUAUCUACAAUUUAAAAACAGGAACUUGCAUCUCUAUAAUGCUUCAGUGACAAGAAAGUUCUGUACCACCAAUCAAAAGAAAAAAAAAAAUUGUUCAGCUCAGCUGGUUCCUAUGGCAUGUGAUGCACAGAACUUAGAAGUACAUGGAUAUCAGAAACUGAGUGAAAGGAAAGUCAUUGGUUGGUUACCCAACUUACCCUCUAUAGCGCAGGAGGCAGAUUUACAGUUAUGGCAAUUCAAAGUGAUUGUACGGGUUGAGUGUUAUGUGGGAAAUUUCCUUGGGAUGCAUGUGAUGUGAGCUGUAAACUACCAAAAUACUAAAAUGUGAACAUGUGAGAAGGAAAGGGAAUAGCUUGAUCCUCUAACCUUCACUUUUUUUCCUAGUCAUCUAUCGCUUGUCUCUUCCUCCCAAAGCUUAACCUUAUAAUCAUGCACAUCUUUCAUCUUUCUUUCCCCUCCAUACCAACCAAUCCUUAUUCCUUCUCCCACUUACUAGUCACUAAUUUAUACAACUCAUUCGCAGAAGAUCAGAUCACAACUAAACAGAUUUGGAUCUUGAGAGGGAUCAAAGAGAUCAAGUGCAAGAACCACAUCGAAGAUGUCGGAUUGGGGGCCGGUUUUCAUAGCAGUGGUGCUGUUUAUACUGCUCACUCCAGGGUUGCUGAUUCAGAUGCCUGGAAAAAGCCGAUUCGUAGAGUUUGGCAACUUUCAGACUAGUGGAAUCUCCAUACUGGUUCAUUCCAUUAUCUACUUUGCUCUCAUCUGCAUCUUCUUAUUAGCUAUUGGUGUCCACAUGUUGAUGAUCAGUUAUGUACUUGUUUGGAUUGUGCAUUCUUAGAUGAUUGAUUUAGUCAGAUGCUAAGCUAUCAUGCCAUGAGCAGGACCACAGCACAAGUUCUGCUUGUUUUCCUGCAUAUUGCGAUUCAAGUUGCCAUCCCAAAGGAAAGCAAAACAAAUAUCUUCUCUCCUAUGCUAUGAGUGAUCUGGCUUGUAAAUGAAAGGCAAGCAUAGAUACCCUAGAAUAUAAGAAAGAUUGUCAAGGCUACAUCAAUUAUAGUUUUUUUCAUUGCACAAAGGAGAAUUCAUGAAGGUAAUAAUAUAUACAAGUAGAAGUAGCACAACAGCACCAGUGGUAGUAAAUGAAAAGAGUAAAACAACAUAACUAAAUCCUUCUUUCACGAAAAGCACUAAGUUGGUCUGCUAGAAUCCUAAAAACCACAGCUUUUCUUUUCUUUGACAAAAUGACAAUUGAGAUGGCAGCUGCCUCCUAAGCAUAGAUGUGAAUGUCAAGAAUAACAAGAAACAGAAUGAUGAGCAAACCGUAGAUAACAGCGUGCAAGAAUAUGGAGGCCACGCUGGUCUUCAUGUUCAUAAAUUCGAAGGGACGUUCCUUGCCAGGCAUUUGAAACACCAACCCUGGUGACAAAAAUGCAAACAGCCCUGAAGCUAUGAGAGGAGCAGCCCAAUUCUUCAUUCUAAAUAAAGCCUCUGUCCCGAGAUUUCCUGCCUAGCCUUCUUUGAUCAGCUCAGGGCUCAGACUCAGCAGAAGAAUAAUAGAGAGAGCAUAUAAAAAAGGGAUUUGGAUGCUAUAUGAUUUGGAUUUAAGCCCUUGAAAGAGGGGAAUGGGAAUCUCAUAAAGCUGGAAAGAACAUAAAUAUUGAUCAACCAUCCACUUUAGCCCUUGCUUCAAUUUUAAAUUCUCGGUAUUGCAGCUGUUGUUGUUCCUUGGUUGGAUUUAUUGGAUAAGGCAGAGCAUCCUUAUCAUUUUCUAUUGUUCAAUUGUGAUCAAGGCCAUACAUACAUACUAUGACAUAACAUAACAUAGCAUAAGCAGUGAGCGCAGCCAGCCAGUCAUAUAAAUUGCAUUAUUGUGUUGUUUUGUUUGCAAUCAAUAGCAGUUCCAUUUAGCAUUUAAAGGGGAGAGUUUGCUGUUAAAAGCUCCCAUCACUGUCCAUUUCAGCACCACCAGGUCUAUUCAAUUCCAUUCUGCCACUAAAGGCUCAAGCUUUAUCUUCAAAUAGUCAAAGAGGAAAAGAAUAACAAAGGAAAAAACUUUGAGCUAGUGCGUGGGACCCAAUUGCACUUAUUCGUUUAUUCUAGGGUAGACAGUGGACCCAACUGCAAUGAUCUAAUCUGCAACCGAAAGCAGAGAAGCAAAAUCUUCACUUGCUUGCUAGUAGCUUCUUCUGCCGUUCGUCAUGGUUGUUUUGCUUAUUAGAAUUGCAAAAUUGCAAUUCCGAAUCCUGUGUCACUCUCACUCAGAAAACCCUGAUAACAUAAGCAAAUCAAAAUCCUUUCACUUACGUCUUCAUCCCCACUGCGUCCGACGAAGGAAGGCUAGUAACUUCAGGCCCUAACCCAGAAACCCUCAUCCAAAAAUCCGAAAUUUCAUUUGAAAAUCAAUUUGUAGGAAAUAAUAAUGGCGGAUUGGGGGCCCAUAUUGAUUGGGGUGGUGCUGUUCAUUCUUCUGCAACCGGGACUUCUCUUCUCGUUACCGGGAAACAGUAGGCAGGUGGAGUUUGGGAGCAUGAAGACGAAUGGCAAGGCCAUAGCUGUGCACACUCUCAUCUUUUUCGCUCUCUAUGCCAUUCUCAUCUUGGCCGUCCACGUCCACAUCUAUACUGGCUGAUCCGGUACUCUCGCCGCUUUGGAUCUGUGUACACUCUGUCUCUUUUCUGAGUAACUUGUAACUUAAUGGCUGUACUUGGUUUUGAACUUAAUUAUUAAUAUAAAGCACAAAUCUUUAAUUGAUUUGAA